AUGGAAUGCUUUCGGCAAGUCUUCCGGUGCAUCAAGGCACCCUUCACACGCAACAAAGGAAGGAUCAUUGAAAUUGGUCCUCCCACCAACUUCCGCAAAGAAGAAUUGCCUGCCUGCUUCUCUGAUGCCGAGUCAGUCCUCUCGCCCAGCCAGCCCCCGACAGAGCGACCAGAUCUGACCAAUCAAUCACAGCACGCUGACGUCGCAGGACAGUCGGACAGCGACCGUGGAGGAGAAAGAUGGAGCCACGAUCGAAAUGGUGUCACUCCAACCAUCGACAUCGACGAAGAGCAAGGUCCAAAAUCACGUCCGCAGAAUGAGCCUGAGGCUGUCGCAGCCCGCUUCCGGGAGCGUAUAAAGUUGCCUCGAAUGUGGAAGUCGAGCUCAGCUAUUGCUCAAGAUUUCAAGGCCCCGGCCGAAUCGAUCACUAUGAACGAGGUUUGA